AUGGCUAUCCAUCCCGGGUUGCGCCCUCACAAUAGCCCACAGGGCCACCUAUCUCCCCAGCAAACUCGCGCCAUCUCCGCCUGGAGCGAGCAAGCCGCCGCCUCGUUGGAGAACCUGACCAUCUCCGAGCCGGCAACAACCGGCGAGGACACGCCCAGUCCCUCGCGGGGCGGUCUCCGCGGCGCCACGGUGUCCCUGUCCAUCCCCCUGGACGACCCCGUCCCCAGCCCGGAAACCACUGCGCACCCACGCGUCAAGUUCCUCGGCACCUCAUCUGCAACCCCCGCGCAAACACCAAAAGCGCCCUCGGUCGCGUUCCGCCGACGCGAACCGCUCCGUCGCGAUAGCCUCAAGCGCCGCGAGGCCCUCCUCAAAGGCAAGGACGGGAGUCGGCGACGACAGCGCUGGGAGAAUGACCGUCUCCUGAACAACCCCUGGGCCGAACCACCCUCUCCGAAAGACUGGUCCAUCCAGCCUACCCACACCCGCCACGACCCCAUGCCCUACUACCUCGCUCCGCUCUGGGACGUGCACUUUGCGCAUCUCGACCGUGCGACGAACGGCCCUGCCACGCCGGCUGUGAAACACCGUGUUCCGAAAGACCUCCGCAUGAAGCUCAAGCACGCGCGGGCUGCGCGCGGCAUGCUCCAGGAUAUCGAGGAGGAUAUUCGGGGGUUCAUCCGACGGUGGAAUGAGCGGCAGGGUCUCCUGCGACGGGAGGGGCUGGCGGAUGCGCCGGCGGAUAGCGACGAGUCCUCAGAGGACGAGGUGGUGUUUGUCGGGCGAAACGGGCAGACGCAUGACUCGCCGCGGCAUCAGCGGCAGAUGCGGACGAUGCGGGAGGAGAUGGCGGCGCACGGGGAGCACGGGGGCGAGAAGAAGGUGUUUGAGAGUUUGGAGGCGGACCGUGGGGCUGGGUUUGGGCGCUGGCUGGUUCAUUCGCUCGCGACAUACUACGGACUGCAUACGUGGUCGGUGACGGUGGGCGAGCCGGCGCGUCGCGAGGCAUACGUUGGGUUUUAUGCGCCCAAGGCGGUCGCUGGGUCGACGGCGACGUGCCGGGCAGAGGCGAUGAUCCAGCCCGGGGAGGAGCUUCCGCGGCCGCUGUGGGCGCAGGUGUAA